GGUGAUCAAUUGCGCCGAAUAGGUAGGCACGCAGUAAGCGAAUUUGUAAAUAAGGAAAAAAGUCGGGCAGGGUAAAAUCCCGAUGCCGGAUGGAGAUGGAUGGAUGGAUGGUUCACAAGCGGGGGCGUCAAGCUGCUUUAUCAGACACCCUAGCAAUUUAGGUUUGAGGUGUGUUAGUGCGUUGCUUCUUAGCGUUAAGUGGACAUCUAAGCCUUUCCAUCUUUACCUACCCACCUACCUACCUACCUAUCUAUUCUGUCUAUGGAUACCCUACAACCUACCUACCUACCUACCUAAUCGACGGUUGAGAGACCAAUAUGUAUGUAUGACUGCGCUUUCAAUUCACUUUUAUUUUGGUCAUUGGAAUAUUUCGUCCCUUUUUGAGCUGCUGCUGAGAUGCUGCUGCUGUACUACUAGUAUGUAUGGUAUUACUUGGCUAUCAAUGAUAGCUUGGGAAAUUUCAAGGCGGGAUAGGGUAGGUUGCGAAGGGCCUACGUUGAAAAGAGCAGUGAAGGAAGCAAGCCGUACCUAGGUAGGCAUAGCAAAGUUAUCGCCAUGGGGCAAAGAGAUGGGUAGUA